AUGGCGUACCUGAGGGACAGCGACGAUGAGGAGUACGUGUCCAUGGGGUCGUCCGAGGACGAGAGCGAGUCGGAGGAGGGGGAGGGGCUCGCCGGGGACGGGAAGAAGGGCCGCAUGCCGAUCUACAACGUCGAAGCGAUCCACGAGGCCCUCGAGGACAUGUCGUGGACAGAGGACCAGCCGUGGAUCGAGUCGAUGGCAGUGACGUCCGAGGACCCGACGGAGAUCCGCGACGUCGAGGACGACAUCGAGCGCGAGCUCGCGUUCUACACCCAGGCGCUGUCGGCAGCGCUGCGCGGCAUCCAGGGGCUCACGGCGGCGGCGGCGCCGUGGCGGCGGCCGCUGGACUACUACGCGGAGAUGGUAAAGUCGGACGAGCACAUGGCGAAGGUCAAGCAGCAGAUGCUGCUGGAGCAGAAGGCGGUGCAGGAGAUGGAGGAGCGCCGCAAGGCGCGGGAGGCGAAGAAGUUCGCGCGGGAGCUGCAGAGCGAGAAGAUCAAGGAGCGCGCGCAGCAGCGGAAGCACGAGGUCGCGGCGGUCAGCAAGUGGCGCAAGCAGCGCAAGCAGAGCGGGUUUGCGCCGGGGGAGGACUUCGACCCGGACGCGGUCAUGGCCAAGCCCGGGAAGGGCGCGCCGGCGCCCAAGCGUGCGGGGCAGCGGUUCGAUCCGUCGGCGAGCAAGGUGUCGGCGAAGCGGCAGUCGAGGAACGCGAAGUACGGGUUCGGGGGCAAGAAGCGCGUGCAGAAGCAGAACGACGCCAAGAGCGCCGCGGACAUGUCCUCGUUCAAGCCGUCGGUCAGGGGGGGAGUGAAGAAGGGCGGCAAGGGCAAGGGCGGGAAGGGCGCCCAGGGAGGCAACAGGCCAGGGAAGGCGGCGCGCGCCAAGGCACGCGCACGGCGAUAG